AUGUUCUACCAUCCGUAUGAAAACGUGGAUACUAGUAGUAGUAGUACUCAACUUAAAACCAGCGUCAAUAAAUUCUCUAUUCCUGGGAAUGAUCAGAUGACACCGGAUACACUGGAACGCCCAAAUACUUAUACAACUGUCAGUUUGAACGCGCUUGAGGACUUUUCUAUCCAAUACAUGCAACAGCAACAACAACAACAACAAUCACGAUCACAACCACCACAUUCCCAACACGUUUUUCAACACUAUCCAAGUGAUGCGAAUCAUCCACAACGUCACCAUCAUUCCCAACCCCCAUCGCUACAACAACAGCAACAGCAACAACGCCCGGAUCAUUUUGUAUCACCCGACCCCAGUGCUUAUCGGCUAGCGCCUAGUCCAACACAAAUUUCACCGCAUUUCGAUUCGCACACUAUGGGACACAGUAUUGCAUUCCCAAACUCCAUUCUGCAUUCCGUACUGCCCUUGCCGGAAGAGAUUACCUCUUCACCGNAACAACUCAUUCAACAAAUCCCUUUCCACCUCCACUGGAUGAAACCCAUCCGCAAUGGUCCAAAAGUUUAUCGCAUUGUGCAUCCACAUCUCCACAUCUUGUCAAUCAUGCCGAGCUCAGCUAUGUACAACCAGGGCAGUGGAACACGUCUGCCAUCUCCGUGA